AUGCUUUCCAGGCAUGUGCUAAGGCGGCUACCUCUCGCGGCGCAGGGCGCAAAUCUUACAGCUGUGAGCCUUACCCUCGCCCGCUCGUUCGCGACAGCAACUACGCCAUCGCCCAACGAUCCCUUUGCCAACGGCACCAAUGCGUACUACGUCGAAGAGAUGUACCAUCACUGGAAACAGGACCCAAAAUCCGUACACGUCUCCUGGGACGUCUACUUCUCGGGCAUGGAUAAGGGCCUGCCUAGCUCCAAGGCCUUCCAACCGCCACCCAGCCUCGUGCCUACUCCUGUAGGCGGUGCACCUGCCCUCUAUGCCAGCGGAGGUGCCGAGUUGGACGAUCAUCUCAAGGUGCAAUUGCUCGUUCGUGCGUAUCAAGUACGCGGCCACCACAUUGCAGACUUGGAUCCCUUGGGCAUUCUCCAUGCCGAUCUCAACCACGCUUACCCUCCCGAGCUCGAGCUCAGCCAGUACGCUUUCACGGAGCGCGACCUGGACAAGCAGAUUGCGCUUGGACCGGGCAUUCUGCCUCAUUUUGCGACGGAGGACCGCAAGACGAUGACGUUAGGUGAAAUCAUCAAUGUGUGCAAACGCAUUUAUUGUGGCCAUAUUGGGUGGCAAUACAUCCACAUUCCGGACAAGGAGCAAUGCGACUGGAUUCGGGAGCGCAUCGAGAUCCCAAAACCUUGGAACUACACUGUUGAAGAGAAGCGUAUGGUGCUCGAUCGUCUUAUCUGGUCAGAAUCAUUUGAGAAGUUCAUGGCGAGCAAAUAUCCCAACGAGAAGCGUUUCGGCUUGGAAGGUUGCGAGGCUCUUAUUCCAGGUAUGAAGGCGCUAAUUGACCGGUCGGUCGAGCAUGGCGUCAAACACGUCACAAUCGGCAUGCCUCAUCGCGGACGUCUCAACGUCCUUGCCAACGUCAUCCGGAAACCGGUCGAGGCCAUCCUAAAUGAAUUUUCUGGGACAUCGGACGACGAUGACUUCCCGGCAGGUGAUGUCAAAUAUCACCUUGGUGCGAACUACGUGCGACCGACACCUUCUGGUAAGAAGGUCGCUUUAUCCUUGGUCGCCAACCCUUCGCACUUGGAGGCCGAGGACCCGGUUGUCCUUGGCAAGACGAGGGCACUGCAACACUUCGAGAACGACGAAGCGACACAUGAGACGGCUAUGGGUGUCCUUCUUCAUGGUGAUGCUGCCUUCGCGGGUCAGGGUGUUGUUUACGAGACGAUGGGCUUCCACAACCUCCCUAAUUACGGCACUGGCGGAACGGUCCACCUCAUCGUUAACAACCAGAUUGGCUUUACCACGGAUCCACGGUUCGCUCGCUCGACGCCGUAUCCGUCCGACAUCGCCAAGGCCAUUGACGCGCCCAUCUUUCACGUAAAUGGCGACAAUGUCGAGGCGGUCAACUUUGUCUGCCAGCUCGCCGCUGACUGGCGUGCGAAGUGGAAGCGCGACGUCGUCGUCGACAUCGUCUGCUAUCGCCGCCACGGUCACAAUGAGACCGACCAGCCGAGCUUCACGCAGCCGCGCAUGUACAAGGCCAUUGAGAAGCAGCCGACUCCGCUCACGCAGUAUUCGAAAUACCUAAUCGAUCGGGGCACGUUCACGGAGAAGGACAUCGAAGAGCAUAAAAAGUGGGUAUGGGGCAUGCUCGAAAAGGCCGCGAACGCUGCGAAGGAUUACGUUCCUACCAGCAAGGAGUGGCUUUCAGCGGCGUGGCCGGGCUUUCCUUCGCCGAAGCAGCUUGCUGAGCAGACGCUCCCGACGUCCAACACCGGUGCAACGGAAGAGGUGCUCAAGCGCAUCGGCAAGGUCAUCUCCAGUUAUCCCGAGGGCUUCCACCCGCACCGCAACCUCGCCCGUAUCCUGACCAACCGUGGCAAGACUGUCGAGGAAGGCCGCAACAUCGACUGGGCGACCGCAGAAGCUCUCGCGUUUGGUUCGCUAGCUCUCGAGAAGAUUCACGUCCGCGUCUCCGGCCAAGAUGUUGAGCGUGGAACAUUCUCGCAGCGUCAUGCCGUUAUUCACGACCAGGAGAAUGAGCAGCAGUACGUUCCGCUCAACAAUCUCGGUUCGAAUCAGGCACGUUUCAUUGUAUGUAACUCGUCGUUGUCCGAGUUUGGCGCGCUCGGCUUCGAGCUCGGCUACUCGCUCGUUUCGCCGGACGCAUUGACCAUCUGGGAGGCGCAAUUUGGUGAUUUCGCGAACAAUGCGCAAUGUAUCAUCGAUCAGUUCAUCGCGUCGGGCGAACGGAAAUGGUUGCAGCGUACCGGUGUAGUUAUGAGUCUACCUCACGGCUUCGACGGUCAGGGUCCCGAGCAUUCAAGCGGACGGUUAGAGCGAUUCCUCCAAUUAUGCGACGAUCAUCCAGGCUACUUCCCAACACCGGAUAAGAUUGAGCGCCAGCACCAGGAUUGCAAUAUGCAGAUCGUCUACCCGACAACGCCGGCGAACUACUUCCACGUCCUCCGUCGUCAAAUUCAUCGUGACUUCCGCAAGCCGCUUAUUGUGUUCUUCUCGAAAUCAUUGUUGCGCCACCCCAAGGCUCGGUCUGACUUGUCGGAAAUGGUUGGAGAGACGCAAUUCCAGCGAUACAUCCCUGACUCCCAUCCUGAGGACCUCGUUGCUCCGGAGAAUAUUAGGCGGCACAUUCUUUGCAGUGGUCAAGUCUAUCAUACGCUUCUCCAAGAGCGUGAGGACAAGGGCUUCAAUGACGUCGCUAUCAGCCGCUUGGAGCAGAUAUCUCCCUUCCCUUACGAUCUUCUCACGCCCCACUUGGACAAGUAUCCUAACGCCGAUAUCUUGUGGUGUCAGGAGGAGCCUUUGAACAACGGUGCAUGGACGUAUGUUGGCCCGCGAAUCUUGACCGCGGCCAACGAGACGCAGCACCAUAAGGGCAAGUACCCUCUGUAUGCCGGCCGCGAUCCUACGAGUUCAGUUGCCACUGGUAGCAAGGCGUUGCACAAGAAGCAGAUCGAAAGCUUCCUCGCUACUGCCUUCGGACAGUAG